AUGAAGCUCAAAGUCUAUACAGAUCGUAUGUCUCAGCCAUCUCGUGCUGUAAUCAUAUUCUGCAAGGUUAAUGGAAUCCAAUUCGAUGAGAUUUCGAUUAUACUAUCGAAGCGUCAGCAAUUAUCCCCUGAAUUCAAAGAGAUCAACCCAUUGGGGAAGGUUCCAGCUAUUGUUGAUGGCAGACUUAAGCUAUUUGAAAGUCACGCUAUCUUGAUAUAUCUAGCUUUGGCAUUCCCAAGUGUACUUGAUCAUUGGUACCCGAAUGAUCUUUCGAAAAGAGCCAAGAUUCACUCAGUCUUGGAUUGGCAUCACACCAAUUUACGCCCUGGUGCAGCUGGAUAUGUAUUGAAUACUGUACUAGCUCCAGCCCUCGGUCUUCCACUGGAUUCGCAAGCAGCUGCUAAAGCUGAGAAUUUACUAACAAAGUCUUUGUCCACUCUAGAAACUUUCUGGCUUAAGGGAAAUUCUAAGUUCUUGCUCGGAAGCAACCAACCAUCUAUAGCUGAUCUGAGCCUUGUAUGCGAACUUGUGCAGCUGCAGGUUUUGGAAGAGAAAGACCGUGUUAAAUUGCUCGGUCCUCAUAAGAAAGUUGGAGAAUGGAUUGAGAAUACGAGAAAGGCGACAAUGCCUCACUUUGAUGAGGUGCAUGAAGUUCUUUUCAAAGCCAAAGAAAAGUUUGAGAAGCAGCGAGAGAUGGGAACCGUAGCUAAACCGGGUAUUCAAUCUAAGAUGUAA